ACCCGGAAGUACAGUACUUCGUCGAGGUCAAUGAUUUGUUUAUUGUUCGUCAAAGCACAGAUAGAUGAGUAGAACAUCUUUGGUAAAAGUAAUGGGAUGUGCAAAUGUUGGCUAUCUAUAGAAAACGGGUUUAGUUUGCUAGCUAACUAGUAUAGUCUUAGCUAGCUUGCAUAAAGAUAUCAACCUUUUUAGCUACGUUGUAAACCCUCAGUGUAUAUUCUAGGCUUGGUCACUCCUAACAUUAGCAUCAAACUCUUUAGGUAGCUAACAGUAGCUUGUUUCAGUGGCUUCUUUUUCUUUGCAAACUAGCUAUGGAUAUCGUUAUUUAUCCAGCAUCAGAACAAGAUCUCCCUCUGUUCUCCUUGCGUCUCCUGGUUCCACCUCUACGACUGAUGUCAGCUUUCAUGUGGCAAGUGGCUCAAGAGCGUAAUGUGAUGCAGUAUGGGAAGCUGGAGGAGUUUGUGACUUUGGUGACAGAGAUGGUUCCAGAGCUGCUGAGCUCCAGGCAGAGGACCCAACUCAUCCUGGGACUGAGAGCAAGGAUGGUUUUAGAGUUGUGUUGCAGUGCGGGCAGCGCUGACCUCCUGACCAUCCAGGCCCACCUGGACAUAAUCCACACGUUGACAGAAAAGUCCUUACACAAAGAGAGUCAUGGUGAUGAAUUGGAGGCUUCAGAUUCUAACUUUGUGGAGCUAGUCCAAACCCUGCUGGAAGACCCUUCUGAGAGGGAGCAUUUCUUCCAGGAGGUGUUCCCAGUCCACUAUGGCCCUCGGUAUGACACAGCGCUGCAGACACUGGUGUGGGAGUUCCUCUCCAGACUGGAGGAGCUGCUGCUUGUACCAGACCUCACGCAGACAACAGCAUGGCUCAGUGCUGCCCCCUCUGUCCUGGAGGAAUGUGGACAGACUGUCUUUGACCCUGAACAACUGAAGACAGUGCUGCAGCACCAUCAGCGUCAUGGAAACCUGAACAAGAGUCAUGUCUCUAAAUACACUGCAGAUACCAUCCUGUCCACACUGUCCAUCCCUCCAAAAAUGAGAGUUGUUAUUAACUACGAGCCAGACAACUCUGACAAUGUGAGGCCAUACUCAGAUGACAAUGAAUGCAUAGAUAAGGGGGUAGAGGUCAGUGAAUAUGAAGACCACAAUGAAAUCCUGGAUGAAGACACUGAUAGAUGUUUGGAGGAUCUAGGGCUGUCAACAUCAGAGGAACAGGAACAGGAGGGUCUGUCACCUGCAGAGACCUCAGUGUUGGUUACUCCAGUACCCUGUGAUGAAUUGGACUUGGAUCAUUCUCUCAACGUAAUGGUGAAUGCUGACGAGCCAUGCCAGGUUCUUACCUGCACUCUGCCUCCAUUCUCUCACAGUGAAAUGGCCAACCUCUGCAAGACCGACCAAGUAGAAAAGGACAGAAAGCAGGUUGACAAGAAAGAAGAGGUGGUCAGAAAUGGGGACAAAAAGAGGGUGAUCAAACCGGUUGACAAGAAAAAAAAGGUGGUCAGAAAGGGAGACAAAAAGAGGGUGAUCAAACCGGUUGACAAGAAAAAAGAGGGAUCCCCUGCACCCCAAAACAAGACUCAUACAUGUGAGUGUGGGAAGGUUUUCAAAAAACCAUCACUGUUGACGCUACAUAUGGGAGUUCACACGAUGCCAUAUCAUUGUGACCAGUGUCCCAAACGAUAUGCUACUCCUGGGGCACUGAAAAAGCACCAGCUACUUCACACAGAAGAAAGACCAUUUGCAUGUGAACACUGUGACCGGAGGUACAGGAGUGCUUAUGAUCUCAAAGUGCACGUACGCAUUCACUCUGGGGAGCGCCGUCACAUGUGUACUGUCUGUGGUAAGAGGUUUACCCAGCAGUGUGCACUAGUGAGACACACGCGAAUGCAUGCUGGGGAAAAGAAUUAUUUAUGUAGCAUAUGUGGUAAGGCAUUCCUUACCUCAGGAGAACUGCGGUUGCAUACACGAACGCACACAGGAGAAAACCCCCACACCUGUAAACAUUGUGGAAAGGGUUUCAAAGUAUCUUGCCAUCUUAUGGUUCAUCUGCGAUCUCACACAGGCGAGCGUCCUUACACCUGCACCCAAUGCCCCAAAUCUUUCACUACCUCAGACUCUCUUAGAACGCACAUAUAUACACACACUGGGGAGAAACCUCACCGGUGCUCAGAGUGUGGGAAAACAUUUACUCAAAGGGGUAAUAUGGUAAAUCAUAUGAGAAGAGUUCAUAGACCGGUUAAGAUUCUCCAAAAGUACUCCCAACACAGACAAAGUCUCGUAAAAAAAAAAAAUUGAGAACAAAAUAAACUAUGUAGGAGUUAAUUCCAAUGUAAAUACUAGCAGUAUACACAUGAUUUACAGGUCCUCUUUUGUAUAUCAGAUUAUCAUACCAAAACAUGUUUUUCAAUAAACUUCUUCCGAUUUUUCAUGCCGACACAUGAUAUUCGAGACUACAAAUAACGAUAAUGAUUUUAGAAGCGGGAUUAUGAUUUACAUUGACCCAAUUUAAAAUGGUUUAAACCUCCAGAUUCCUUUACACAAUGCAUCCCCAACUACCUCCUGUGUUGUUCAGGGAGAUCUGAAAACUUUCGGUUCAAGAUGUCUUUUUAAUUGUGUACAAUUAAUUGUGUAAAUGUGGGCACAAUCAGAAUGUUGAAGAUCAGAAUUUAUGUUAGAGCAAGGUAUAAACGGGCUUGAUUCAAUCUGUAUUGCAGAAUGAUCGCAGAAGAUUUGCGUUAUAGCACGAUUAAAAUUGAAAGGCACUGUUCCUGCAUUUGCAGAGACUGUGUUCAUGGUAAACACUGCAUAUGUCGACUCAAUCGGAAAUAACCUUUAAAUUUGUGAUACGGAUUGAAUCCAGCCAUAGUCUAUACAUUUCUCUCCCAGAUCUGCAAAACCAGUGGUCCAGGGUUCAAAUCCAUCUUUUCUUAUGUGUUGGAUUAUUGAGAUACAUACACACUAUGACUCAACAAAUCUGCCAAUCCUCAAGUGGCGCAUUGGGAUUGUUCCAAGACACAAAAUCAUUUGUGGACAGACAAGAUUGUAGCGUCUAAUCCUCUCAAUUCCUAAUUUCUUUACAUUUGGUAAUAUCAUUAAUUGAAUGAGUCAGCUGUGACACAAUAUUAGUGCUGAAGGACAACAAAAUGAGUUCAAAUAUUGUCUUUUCAUUUGAGUUGAAGUCCGCUACAACACAAGGACAAACUUUCAACACUGGUCUAAAUGUAUUAAGCAUUUUAUAUAUCAGUUUAUUACAAUGAUGUCAUGGAUGUGGCAAAGUCAUUUCUCUCAGAUGUUUGUGGGGAAAAAGAAGUAGAACAUGUCAUUCUCAUACAUGACAGCUCCGUCCGAAAUGUUGGCAGAACUUCCUUCCAAUCAUUUACUCUUUGGGCUGGUUUCCCGGACAUAUCGUCAGCCUAGUCCUAGACUAUAAACUGUGUUCACGGGAUAUUCUCUAUUGAACGUCCAUCUCAAUCUAAAACUAGGUUUAAGGCUGGAUUUAAUCCGUACCGCUGAAAAGCUGCGCCACAGUUUCUAAACCCAGAGACUUCCGGGAAAGCUUGCGAAACAGACCAAGCAAACCAGGCUGGGGUUUGAGAAGUCAAUGAGAGAAGUGAACAAUUAUGAAUUAGUUCUCAAUUUAAAGGCACAACCUAGCUUCGAGACAAUAUUUUAAGAAAUUGAACAUGUUAUUACUCCAACCUCGUGAAAGUGACAAACUGACACGUUUUCAUUUUUGCGCCUUUGAUUGGAGACCUGCACAUGCGCAGUACGGUGUGAGAUGACCGUUAGACCCGAUGACGUGUUUCCAACGUUGCCAUGACAUCGCCUACAAGUCUGGGCAGGUAUUUAUUUUGGAGAAGCAGUUUAUGCCUUCGUUACUGUCUUUUGCGGCACAAUAGAAAUGUAAAUGCAAUGUUCCCGCGUUCGUGGAGACAGCAUUCAUGGUAAACGCUGCAUAUGUCGGCUCAAUCAAAAAAUAUUGAGCCGGUCUAGAAAACCGUUGAUUAUAGACAUGUUUACGAAGACAGGCCCAAAAGACUUCUGAGAACACCAUACUCAGUUGGUGCAACAUUUAAGAACAGUCCUAAAAGAUUUCAGUGCAGUCAUUCCAUGUCAUUUCAGCGAGCAAUGACACCCACCAUCUCAGAUUGUUCAGAAAUAGUUUGUUAGAAACAGGUAAGAUUGGCAUUCCUAAAACAUUAUUUUAUUGAAAUAGAAUUUAAUCAAAAUAAUGUUUCAGGAAUGCUAAUCGUAUCUGUUACUCACUACAGAAACAAUUUCAGAAAAAACCUGGGAUAGUGGGUGUCGAAAUCCUCAUGUGCUUUUUGAUGUGAAACGACCCUGCAACUUUGGACCUUUAUUCGUAGGCUGUGUCUAAUAACCACCAAAAGAUGGGGCACUUUUUAGGGUUUAAAAACCCUCUUUGUUUACAGUUUGCAUUUCGGUGUCCUCUGACAUAUUCGAGUGAAUGCACUGGUCUGGGACCAAGACAUGGCACCGCAGGAGACAGA